AAAUAAAAGAAAAAAGAGAAGAAAAAACACUACCCGCACAGCAGAGAAGUAGAGAAAGAACGAAAGCUUGCUGUAGAGGAAACCAGAGAACCCAAACUAAUUAAGUUAUUCCUAUCACUAGUUGGAUCUCUCUUUCGUACUCUUCAAUCCAUGGAAGGGAAUUGUUCGAAUGAGUUAGGGUUUCUGCAACUCGAUGUGGCUACCUUGGUCUGAUCUGCAACUUUUAUUCAACAAGAGUCCACGAAAUGCUGCAGAUUAGAGUUUAUGAAUUUGUACUUGCCACGUUGGAAUUGACUGUUGAGCUUGUUUGUGCUUGAAAUGUUGUCGUAACUGGAGAUCUUAAUCGUACAGGAGACGAGCUUCAGGCUAUUCUGUAAGAUCUCUUUGGCUUCGGUAACUUCAUUGAAGGAGAGGGAACAUUAGUGUAAACUUAUUUCUGAUUGGUGAGCACUUAGCACGAACUGCACAAUGAAUUAUGGGAAGCACUGGGGUUUGAUUUUGGGUGGGUGGCAGAGAUCAGUGUGAGAUAUCUGUGUUGGGAACUGGUGUUGUGAAAAUGCCUCCUUCUCCAGCAUUAAGAUGCUCCCCCGGAAGGGAAGUCAGAUCGGAGAAUCACAGGCGGGGACGCAGUCUUGAGAGUGCAUUACCCCUCCGAGAGAAAGAUGAUGAUCUUGCUUUGUUCAACGAGAUGCAGAACAGAGAAAGAGACAAUUUUUUGCUUGAUAAGUCUGAUGAUCUUGACGACUCCCUGUCAACAAAAUUGAAAUGCUUUUCAGAUAUUAAGCUUGGCAUCUCCAUUCCAGUUCGUGGAGAGAGCAGUGAGCUGCUUAAUGCAGAUAGUGAAAAAAAUGACUACGACUGGUUGUUGACUCCUCCGGAAACUCCUCUUUUCCCUUCGUUGGAUGAUGAGACCCCAUCAGCUAGUCUUGCUUCUAGGGGCAGACCUCAAACCCAGCCCAUUUCCAUCCCAAGAUCAUCCGCAAUGGAGAAGAGUUACAGGACCAGUAGAAGUAGUGCGAGCCCACAUCGGUUAAGCCCAUCACCUCGGUCCGGAAGUAAUACAUUUCAAUCAAGAGGAAGGCCGUCUUCAGCUCCUCAUACUAGUCCAUCUCCCAUUCAACGUCCUGCGUCCCCAUCGCAGAGACCUUCUACGCCCCCAACUAAACCAUCAACACCUACUCAUAGAUCUCCUACUCCCACUACCCGGAGGGUGAGCACGGGAUCAAGUGGUAUCGUAGCCUCGUCAAGAAGGGGAACCUCACCUAUAAAGACAAGUCGCGGCAACUCUGCUUCACCGAAAAUACGAGCAUGGCAGUCGACUAUCCCAGGCUUCUCUUCAGAUGCACCCCCUAAUCUUCGUACUUCUCUAGCGGAUCGGCCGGCAUCAUAUGUAAGGGGCUCGUCACCAGCAUCCAGGAAUGGGAAGGAUACAUCCUCAAACUUCAGAAGGCAAUCAAUGUCACCAACUGCUUCUCGAAGUGGCAGUUCAUCCUUUGGUAAUGAUCGAGACCGAUUCAGCUCACGGAGUAAGGGUUCUGUAGCGUCAUCUGGUGAUGAUGAUGUAGAUUCUCUGCAAUCUCUGCCAGUGAGUAUCUCAGAUCAUUCAGCUGUAAGGAGAGCUGGAGCAUUUCCAAAUAGCAGAACCCCGUCAUUCUCAAGGAAGCCAUCCAAAACACCAUCCUCAAGCUCUGCUCCAAAAAGAUCUUUUGAUACGGUCCUUCGACAAAUGGAUAAUCGAAAGAGUCCUCAGAAUAUGUUCAGGCCACUUUUAUCAAGUGUACCUAGUACUACUUUCUAUGUCGGGAAAACAAGCUCUACACAUCGUCCCACGGUCUCUAUGAACUCCUCAGUCACAACUAGCAGCAACGCAAGCUCAGAACUAGGUGCAAGUGUUGCACUUGAUACUGAGGUUAGUGACCAUGACCAGGAUGAUAUGGGUGGUGACUGGGGAAAAGCACCACAUCCUGAUGCUCAAGAUGAAAUAUUUGUAUUUGAUAAAGUGGAUGAGAUGAAUGGAGAUGUUAAUAAUGAAGUCAAUGAUGGAAAGAAUACUGGGUAUGCUGAUAUUGAUAGAACCACCACAACUGAAGUAGGUGAAUCCGAAAAAUUCAGUGGUCUUAUGUCUGCUACAGUAGUUGAGUCAGCUGCUUCUGAAAAUGUAAAUGUUGAGAAUGAUUUUGAAGAACUUGAUGGUCAUGGAAGAAUCACAUACUGUUCUAUUUGUGGGAGCAAGUUUCAUGUAAUUGAGCCCAUGGAAGGGAAUGAGGGUCUUUGUCCUGAUUGCAGUGUGAAAAGUGGAUCUUUGACUCCAGCUGCUUGGGAACACCCUGUAGUUCACAGUCACAACACUUCAGUUAACACAGAAGUAGCUUUGCGAGAAAAUAAAUCCUUCAGUGCACUAGAGCACGAAGCAGAAGUGGCCGAAGUGCAAGGGAUCACUAGUAGAAAUGAAACAGUGCUUGUUCAACAUGAUGAGAAUGUUAAGCAAGACCACAGUUGCAACAUCGAGGAAGCCCAGAGCUACUUGCAUGGCAGUUCCUCUGCACAAAUAAUGUUAGAUGGAGGUGAGCAACAUUUUGUUCAGCCAACUGUUGGUUCCAUUCAAUCCAAUUAUGUCGACGUUGAUCAACAGUUUCAUCCAAGUUUAAAGGUUGAUGUUUCAGAAGGUGCUGGUAUUUCUUUAUUGCUGAAAAGAUCAAGUAGUAGCAAGUGGCCUGUUGUUCAAGGGAGGACUUUUGCUGCGACCAAUAUAAAUUGUGAUGAUCCAUCUUAUGCAAGGGACAGCAUAAACAGCAUGAGAAGCUCCGGUGGGCUUGGUAGUGCCUCAGCAUCAUCAUCCGUUGAUUGGAGCUCUUCCAGACAAACAGAUGUUCGGGUUCAAAGGCAAUUAAGUGGCAAGAAACUUGACUUGGAUAAUUUCAGGCAUGAUUCAAGCACAAAACUUCAAAGAACUGGAUCCUCUUCCUCGGGAAUCUCAAAUCCUGCGUACCAGGCCUUGUUGCUUACCAAGGGUACAAGUGAAGAAAAAUUUGAUGCUUCUGUUGGAAGUAUGGACCAUGAGACUGUAGAGGAAACACGACUACUUAGUGAUGAGCAAGAUACAUAUUUAAGCAAUGAAAAAUCAUGUGAAUCUGAUUCCUCUUUUGUGAGAGCUGCUGUCAAUGAAGCAGAUAAACUUGACUUCUCUGAGAGUUGUAGGGUGGUGGAUGCUUCAGGCUUGGAAUUAUCAAGCCAUACAAAUUGCAUUCAGUUGGAAGAUGCUUCAGUGGCAGCAGUUUCAAAUGAUGAGGAUUGUGUUUCAUCAAGCAUUGCUGAGGAGUUCCCAAAUUGUACCGGGGGUACUUCAGAUAUAGAAAUAUCAACUACAACCCCAGAGCCCCUUUCAAUAGAAGAUAAUGCCACUUUGAACAGUGACUGUGCAAUUGAGAUUGUUGAGGCUCCUGCUUAUAACUCUUCAGCAAUGAUAUCAGGUGAACUAGAAAAUGGUGGUGAUAGUAUACCUGGUUCACAUGUUGAAAGUGUAAUUUCACCAAAUUCCGCCGUGGAUGAAUCCCUAGAACCAGCAGUUCCUGCAACAUCAGAGAAGGACUUAGACAUUCCUUCGUCAGAAUCUGAUAUCUUGAAUCAUGCCAAUGGCAUCCCUGAGGAAUCAACUGUAACAAUGGAGGGCCAAGGUGGGCAGCAAGCAAGAAGCCUGACAUUGGAAGAAGCAACUGAUACUAUACUCUUCUGUAGCUCUAUCAUUCAUAAUUUGGCUUACCAGGCCGCUACCAUUGGGAUGGAAAAGGAGAGUUCAGUUCACCCAGAGCUAGAGGGUUGCCGUCCAACGGUUACUUUGUUGGGGAAACCAAGUUCUGAGAGGAAGGAACCCCGUGGUAGAUCUGGAAAUAAACGCACCCUGAAAUCCCAAAAGGCCCGACAGAGACGGGUGGAAGCAGAUGUGAAGACUCCAUCAACCAAGACUGAGAUUGAUGUCAAGACCGAUGAGUCAUUGGUACAUGAUACUGAAGCUCCACACAAGGUUGACAGUUCAAGGCCUCUGAAAUUGGAGUCAAAGUGUAAUUGCAUAAUAAUGUAAGAUCUUAUGCAGCCAGAGCAAAAAUUUUUGAGGGCCACUGUGCAAACCCUUCAUGCCCCCCUUUCUGCUUCGGCAUAUCCAUGGAUGUUGAGUGUUUGUAUUUUACAGAUUUUUAUGUUCUAUGGGCAAUUCAUAAGAGUGACACAGUCAGUUUCGGUUCGUUCCGAUUUAUUUGUUAUACACCACAUAGUGUCGGUGACAUAACUUGUAAAGUUUUUUGUUUUUUGUAUUUUUUUUUGGGGUGUUAUCACGAGAGCCAUUAGAGAGGUUUGUGUAUGCUCCCUUUACCAA